CCGAUCCCCAUCCCCCGCUGACCACAGCCUCAAUCCUCUCAACUCCCCCAACAAACUCUCCCCUCACCCUUCCAAUCACCACCCUAAACAACCAAAAGCCAGACAAAAAGAAAAACAAAAUCAAAGAACCAGAAAAGGAAUAAACAAUGGCACCUAGAUGCUUCAUCAUCCGGCACGGCGAAACCGAAUGGUCCCUGAACGGUCGACACACCGGCAUCACGGACCUGGCGCUUACGGCUAACGGGGAGAAACGUAUUAAGGCGACGGGGAAGGCACUGGUGGGGAAUGAUCGGUUGAUUGCGCCGAGGAAGUUGGUUCAUGUGUAUGUGUCGCCGCGGGCACGAGCUCAACGUACGCUGGAAUUACUGGAGAUUGGAUGUCGGGAGAGAUUGCCCUGGUCCGGGGAGAGGAAGUCCGAAGAGGAAGAGCCAAUUCGGACGGAGGCUCGGGUGGAAGUUACGGAGGCGGUGCGGGAAUGGGAUUAUGGUGACUAUGAGGGGUUGACGAGUCGACAGAUUCGGGAGUUGAGGGCGGAAAAGGGUGAAGGGUCUUGGGAUAUUUGGAAGGAUGGAUGUCCUGGGGGAGAGUCUCCUGAAGAUGUGAUCAAGCGUCUGGAUGCGCUGAUCGCAGAGAUCAGGGAGAAGUAUCACGGCCCGUGUUUCGACGGGUCCGGUGACUCGUCAAAAGGUGAUGUUCUCAUCGUCGCUCACGGCCAUAUCCUGCGUGCGUUUGCGAUGCGCUGGACAGGACGGCCGUUGACUGAGACGGCGCUGAUCCUGGAAGCGGGUGGUGUGGGCACGUUGAGUUAUGAGCACCAUAGCAUCGACGAGCCGGCGAUCAUUCUCGGUGGAGGGUUCGUCGUGGAUAACUGAGACGAAGCUCAGUCGGAGUCGGGACAUGGCAUUCCCCUCGUCCCAUCUGCACUGAAACGCC